AUGGGGAUCAACGUCACUCGGGCUCUACAGCUCCUGCGGAAAUGUGGCGUGUCUUUCGUCUGCGGCCUCUACACUGGUACGAUCGCCUACCCUCUCGUGUCCACGGUUUUCGGAGGAAAACCUUUGAAGGGGAAGGGAAAAAGAUUCGAGAGGGAGGAACGAAUUCGUGAGCGCUAUGAUUCCAUCGUCAACACCAUUACCAGGUAUGGGUACAUGAUGAGGUCCAUUCUGGCUGCAUUAUUCAUUUACUUUUUAGUCAUUGGAUCUCGCUUCCUAUUUCGACGUGCAACAAGGAGUGUGCAAUUAGAGACUACUCAAACUACUGAGCACAAUGGAAAUUUCUUGUCAAUAUGGAAUUAUGAUGGGAGGAUUGCAUAUGAUGACAUAAUCAAUGCAACAGAGGACUUCGACCUCAAAUAUUGCAUCGGGACCGGCGGCUAUGGUAGCGUCUAUAGAGCGCAAUUGCCCAAUGAGAAAGUCGUGGCAUUGAAGAAACUUCACCAUCUUGAAGCAGAGGACCCAUCCUUUGACAAGAGCUUUCGAAAUGAAGUGGAACACUUGACGAAAGUUAGGCAUAGAAGCAUAAUCAAGCUCCAUGGUUUCUGCUUACAUAGUCGAUGCAUGUUCUUGAUUUACGAAUACAUGGAAAAUGGGAGUCUCUUCUGUAUUUUGAGAGAUGAUGUCCAAGCAUUGGAAUUGGAUUGGUCCAAAAGAGUGGAUCUCGUUCAGGAUAUGGCACAUGCUUUGUCUUACAUGCACCAUGAUUGCGCUCAGCCAAUUGUUCAUCGAGACAUAUCUAGUAACAACAUCUUACUAAAUAGCAAAAUGCAGGCUUUUGUAUCAGAUUUUGGCACUGCAAGACUUCUGGAUCAUGAUUCCUCAUCUAACUUCACUGCAAAUAUAGCUGGCACCUAUGGAUACAUUGCACCAGAGCUUGCGUAUACUUUGGUUGUUAAUGAGAAAUGCGACGUAUAUAGCUUUGGAGUAGUGGCAAUGGAAACAAUGAUGGGUGAGCAUCCAAGAGAUAUUGUAUCUACGUUGUCGACAUCCUCUGGAGAAGAUAUCAUGCUACAUAAAAUCUUAGACCCACGGUUGCCUAUUCCAAAAAGAACUCCAUUGCAGGAAGUAUUGUUCAGAUAGUUUCUCUGGCGAUUGCCUGCUUGAGUGCUAAUCCAAAGUCUCGACCAACUAUGAGGCAAAUCUCGGAAGCUUUUCUAGUUCGAAAGGUACCAUUGGCGAAGCCCUUCCAUGAGAUCUCAUUGGCUCAGCUUCGAGAUAACAAUAGAUCAUGGUUGGAAGGUGAAUCGGCAGACGCUUCAUCAGGAUUAAACGAUGUGUAAGGGUCAUUAAGUCCUUGUCCCAAUGAUAAGUGAAGAGAGAUUGAUAAGAUGAUGUGCAAUUUGGGGAAAGUGACUGAGGAUUAUAGAAGUGUAUGGCUUCUGCAAAUUGUCGAGUCAUGUUAAACUUUUUCCAUACUAUGCUAUAGGAGUGAGAAGCAGUUUACGA